AUGAGUAUUACUGAGAGUGAGGCCAAUUUUAGCUCCCGGGCUGCGAAACUCGGCUUGAAAGCUGAGGUGCUUCAGCUGCUUGUCGAUGGUGGCGUCAACACUCUUGCCAAAUUUGCGUAUGUGAGCAGCUUCAUUCCGGGUCAGAGUGAUGAGGGUCCUUUUGUGACUUCCAUAAAGGACUUGUUGAAGAGGGAUGCUACCGUGGGGGAGCUUUCGGUGCUGCGCCGAUUGCACUCUGAGGCCUUUGCUUUGGUCGCGGCCGAGCUUAAAUCUCAGGUUGAGCGCACCACCGAUGCACCAGCGAGGAGCCUUGCCGCUCCCGACCGAGCAGAUCGUUUGGCUCGUCAAGUGGUGCGGUAUCCAGGUUUGACUAUUGCCGGGCCUAAUGAACCGAGUGACAGGUCAGUGGACAAGUGUUGUCAAAUGUAUGAAAACAAUCGCCUUACAUAUCUUCCGCUGAGUUGGUGCAUGAGCAAGGACGAUGAGACUCGGAAUUCCCGGGACAAGGAGGAUCGUACCCUCACAGUUGACAAUAGCGGUAAUGUUCACAUCAAGAACGCCGACAUUCGAGGUGAGGCCGACUUGAGCACUGACUUGUUACUGAAAUUCGCCCUCACUCGGCGAGGACUCGCGAUGGAACAGGCCGGAUUGUUAGGUUUCAAAGAACAUGAGAAAUGGGCUGAGCGCCUGUUGCACUCCAGAUAUCGUGAGGUGCCUUCGGGAUACACCCGAGUCAGCAUACAGCAGCUGCUUCAAGCCGAUAAGCAAUUGUUUGUCACCGCUGCUAAUGAGUGUCGCAGUGGAGUGCAAGUCACGGAGACCGGUCGUCCAUUGGACGAGGCGUGGAUGCGUUGCGCCGAUUUGACCGAGGUGUCUCAUUUGCUCGCUCCUCUCGCGUCGCCUCCUCCCGCUAAGAUUCCCUUUGAGAGACCCACUCCGUAUGGCCGUGGUAAAGGUCGGGGCAAAGGUUCUGGUAAGGGUAAGCAACCGUCACGCCGCGAGGUGACCAUGCCAGAGGACCUAAAGGACGGGCACGCAAACACCCCGAAAGGAGUGCCCAUUUGCUUUGAUGCUCAGAGGGGCAAAUGCACUAGGCAAUUGACAGGCAACAAGUGCUUCAGGGGUGCUCACGCUCCUGCUCCCAAGAUUGCACGCGUUUCACUUCAAACCAAUCUUCAGGCUGAUGAGGUCAAGGCCAUCGAUGAAAUUGAGUCGAUCAGUAGCGCAAGUCUUGAUCACGAAUUCAAGGGUUCGGUCGAGGAUCGAGCUCUGACCCUGCUGAACAAUGCUGGUGUUGUUUCCCCCACUGAUUUACUUGAGAUCUUCCAAUCACUCCCCACAGAGGCUUCCGUCCGAGGUGACCCAUCACAAGGGGUCUCCUUCUCGACAGGUGCCUAUUGCAGAGUCAAGGUUGGGCUGCGACGUAAUGUCUUGCUCUUCCCGAAUGUGACAAAGUUGGCCGCGCGCUUUGUGCGACAGCAGCUGCCCAGCUUAAAGUUCACGAGCUUAGCAUUCUUUCGCAACGUUCAAACCACACCUCAUGUGGAUGCGCAUAAUUCUUCUUUGCCCAAUGCUGUGUGUGCACUGUCUGACUUCGAUCAGGGACAGGUGUGGGUUGAGAGACCAGGCGGCCAAGCUUGGUGCGAUGUUGAUGGCGAACUACGCAGUGGAGUCGAACUCAGCUUGGAUGGGAGUCAUGCCGUCUUCACCGCUCGACGUUUGACUCACGCCACUAGGAAUUGGUCGGGUGAUAGAGUGGUGUUAGUUGCUUUUUCAGUCUCCGCCAUUGAUCACCUUAGUGAGACUGAUAGUGCUACACUGACCGAUUUGGAAUUCCAGCUCCCGAUGCAAGCCGACAUUCUUGAUGCCGAACAGUCACCUCCGGUGUGCUAUGAAGCGCCGGUCGUUACCGGGGGGUGUGCUACUGAUGAGUUUCCAAAACCACUCGGCCUCGCACAACCAGUGACUUCCCCGCCUCUAGCUUCCUCAGAGUCGGGUUUAGCCCCCGUAGAAGAUUCCGUAGUGUCUACUGGUCAGGUUCAGGCCACGCCGGUUGACCAGCCUGGUAUUGUGCUCGAGCUGUUUGCCCGUGCAGGCUCUUUGUCCCGAGCCUUUCACCAGAUUGGCUUUGAGGUCAUGCCCAUAGAUAGGGGAAGUCACCGGCUUCCGUUGGCCAAGUUGUGCUCACUGGAUCUUGCCUUGCCGAGCUCGUGGCAGUAUCUUUCGCAUGUGCUUGACAACUAUCAUGUUCGGUACGUGCACAUUGAUCUGCCGUAUGCCACCUAUGGACCCAAGCAGGGCCUCCGACGACUGUCCCAUGGAUCUGUAGUUCCUGUAGGAGGCGCCGACGCCUCUCAGGUUCAAAGGCUCGCAUUGGCCGACUCCUUGUUGGAACAUGUCAUCACCUUCUUAAAACGAGUUCAACAAAUGGGCAUCGCUUGGUCCAUUGAGCAUCCGCAGUCCAGCUUCCUGUGGCAUAUGCCUGCUGUGCGCCAGCUCACCAACACCACUACCGUGGUGUACGAUUUGUGUGCCUUCGAUUCUCCGCAUCGCUUGCGGAGGCAACUGCUAACGUCUUGUAGUGCACUCAAGUGUUUACAACAAGUGUGCCAUGGUAAUCAUAGUCACACGCCUGUGACUGGCGGUGUUGAUACUCAUCCCAGGCUUUUCUGUCAGCAGGUUGCCCACGCCGUGGCUAAACACUGUGGCGUUGACCCCCUUUUGUCUCCGCUGCAGUCCAGCCCUCCGCCUGUCACACAGCAGCGUCGGGGUAAACUUGGUGCGAGCCUCAUCAGAGAAUUUGGUCGCGUUUGCAGAUGUCGUGUGCCACAGAUUCCGCCUGUGGAUCAUAAAAAUUGCUUGCAGCACGCCGUCGGUGACAUCCCCGCAGGCUCCAAACUUCUCGCCACUGAGGAGACGGGGGAGUCGGGUGGCUUCGAACUUAGUGUUGGUGUGUAUGCAACACCGGAUGAGUUUCUGGAGGAGGCCAAAGGAUUACGGCAUCCCUUCGAGACGUUUGCUGUCAUCCCCGACGAAGUGAAACGAAAGCUUCAUGAGGCCUUGGUGAAGGGCCCUGAGUGGGUUGGUAGACAACGUGUGGCCACUCUCAACAAGUGGUUAGAAUGGGCCAGGGAAUUGGAGGAACCAGAGUCCCGACUUAAGGAGGACCUCGAACCUGGUGUGAGGUCUGUGUUAGGAUCAAAAAGGCUUCUCUUGCUCAAACGCAUUGCUGAUGACUUGAAGUGGCCCGACGAUGGAUGGUUUGAGGAUACUUGUAAGGGUUUUGGUUUGGUUGGCUGGCAGAAGCCCACUGGUGUCUUUAGAAAGGAGCCUCGUCCCCAGGAGAGGACGGCUGACGAGUUUACUAAGGCCUGUAAGUACAUUCGUCCGGCGCUUUUGGGUAAGGUUUUGUCCGAGGGUUUGAAUGAGCAUUCCUCGGAACUGUGGGAUAAGACUUUGACUGAGGUUGCCGAAGGGUUCUUGGAGGGACCACUUACCGAAGAAGAGCUGACGAGAAGGUACGGCGACGCAUGGGCCCCUGUGCGCCGGUUCGCCGUGAUUCAAUCUUCUGGAGGCAAGCGCAAGUUGAGACCGAUUGACGACUACUCCGAGAACUUAGUUAAUGGUUCUUUUUCUUAUGGGGAUAAGCUAGAUCUAAGGGCACUUGACGAGAUCAUUGCAAUAUGUCGCUUUUGGAUCCGAGCUCACACGACGGAGCAUCAAUUCUUUCUGGACAUGGCCAGCGGACCACCGUUGGUUGGUCGAGUGCACCCUGCUUGGGCGGGUUCGUCGUGGUGUCCUGAGCUGUGCACCUUUGAUUUGAAGAAUGCUUAUCGCCAAUUUGCGUUGAACCCGAGCCAUCGUGCCUUCUCCGUCGUUGCCCUUCUCAAUCCGGAUAAUGGCGACUUGGGAUUGUUUGAGGGUAAGGCUCUGCCUUUUGGAAGCACAUCGUCCGUGCUCCACUUCAACAGGUUGUCUAGGUUGCUGUGGCGGAUAGGUUUGGAAGUCUUCCUGUUCUGGGCCAACUUCGUUGACGAUUAUCCAGUGAUGAGCCCGUGCUGUCUGUCAGGUUCCACCAUGGACACCUUGCUUGUGUUGUCCUCAGUGCUUGGUUUUUCCGCAUCCCUUGACAAACUGAACCCAUUUGCAGACGUCGCCUCCAUGCUUGGGGUCGAGAUUGACUUGAAAGGAGCCAGGGAAGGUGUCAUUCGGAUUAGGAACAAGGAAGGCCGAUCCAGUGAGGUGUGUGAUGCCAUCCGUGAAUGCAUCAGUGAAGGUUGCAUCAAGAUGCGUACUUUUGCCAGGGUUGCAGGACGUGUCCAGUUCUCCGAUGCGCAAGUCAUGGGGAGAACCGGAAAGCUCGCAUUGGCGGAGCUGAGAGCCGCUUCCACACGCCACGCCUCCCGGUUUGUUCUGGGUCCCCGCGAGAUCGAGGCUUUCGAGUUUCUCAUUGAUCGCCUCUCUUUCGGUUCCCCUAGGGUAGUCCCUUGUGUGGUUGCCCCUAAGCCUGUUUUGAUCUUCACGGACGGAGCAAGUGAACAGUCUGGCAACACCGUUGGAGGUAUUCUUUACUCUCCUUCUGAUGCGCGGCCCCGAUUCUUUUCUUGUGAAGUUCCUUGUGCCUUGGCAGAUCGAUGGAGGCAGCAUCUGAAGCAUAUUAUCGGACCCGUUGAGGCGUACGCUGUCGCCCUGGCACGCAAGGCUUUCCACCAGUACAUGUCUGGACAGUAUUGCCUUUUCUUCGUUGACAACGACGCUGUCCUUCUCAGCUUUGUGCGAGGAACGUCUAACAGUGAUCACUUUCGAGAGCUGCUUCUCACAUGGGAAUGCUGUGAGAAACAUGGUCCAUCGUGGACAUACUGGACAAGGGUCCCUUCCGCAUCCAAUCCUUCAGACGACCCGUCACGCGGUGAGUUCAGAGCACUUGUUGAUUCGGGUGCAUUACGAGUUAAGUGCUCAUGCCCCAUCUCGGGCAUCCCGCUGGUCGACUUGUAA